AUGGAGGGAUUCGGGGGAGCCCCCAGGUUCCUGGCCUACCCACGCGCCUUCACGGUGCAAAGUGGCACCGACGCGGUCCUGAGCUGCCAGAUCACUGGCGACCCCCCGCCAAGCAUUCUCUGGGAGAAGGACAAGACUCCGAUCGAGCCCUCUGGCCGCUUCCAUGUGGAGGCCAAGGGGGACCUGCACAGCCUGCUGGUGUCCCGCACCACUCCCCAGGACAGUGGGCUCUACAUCUGCAAGGCCAAGAACAGCAUUGGUGAGACCUACGCUGCCACCACGCUCAAGGUGGAAGUCGGGGAGCCCCAAGAGGAGGAGGGAUGCUCGGGCAGUGGGGCACCUGCCUUCCUUGUUGCCCCCUUGUCCACAUGGGUAUGCCGGGGGGAGGACGUGACGUUCACCUGCAGGGUGUCUGGGCAGCCCUGCCCGGUGCUGGAGUGGGAGAAGGAUGGACACAAGCUCUCUGACCUCUUUGAAAGCAGCCACUUCACAGUGGGGCAGGAGAAGGAGGACUGGCACUUCCUGAAGCUGUUCAGUGCCCGGCCCCCAGACGGGGGGGUAUAUGUGUGCCGGGCACGCAGUGGCUCCCAGGAGGCCCUGGCUGCCGCCGUGCUCCUGGUGGAACCCCGGGCACCGCCAGAUGGGAUCCCCAAUGUUUCUCCUGCUGAUCGCCCCGAGCGGCUGGCAGUGAGGGAGUGGCGGCAGCGGCGGCACACAGUGGGUCGGUGUGCAGGACCAGAGACCUGGGUGCCCAACGGCACAGUGCUGGCCAGGGUGCCGAGGGCCAAGGCGUUUGCUGUGAGUGUGGGGAAGCACGCCAAGUUUCGCUGCUACGUUACCGGCAAGCCCAAGCCAGAGAUUGUCUGGCAGAAGGACGGUGAGCCCCUCACCCCUGGCCGCAGGCACCUCAUCUACGAGGACCGAGAGGGCUACUUCAUCCUCAAGGUGCUGUACUGCAAAGCCCAGGACCAGGGGCUGUAUGUCUGCACUGCGUCCAACACCGCUGGCCAGACCCUCAGCGCCGUGCAGCUCCAGGUGAAAGAGCACCGGCUGCUGUUCCAGGUGCAGCUGGCAGAUGUGGAGGUGGCAGAGCGGGAGGAUGCUGUGCUGGAGUGCCAGGUGCCACUGGAGACCAUCCCCACUACCUGGUACCUGGAGGACAAGGAGCUGCAGCCCAGCCACAAGUACGUGAUGGAGGAACGAGGCCUGGUGCGGCGCCUGACCAUCCGCGAUGCCCGCACCGACGACGAUGGCAUCUACCUGUGCCAGAUGAAGGACAAGGGGCGCAGCAUCGCUGAGGUCUCUGUCCGAGGGGUGAUCACAAAGCGGCUGCCACGGAAGCUUGAUGUGAUGGAGGGGGAGAACGCCGUUUUCUGCGUGGAGACGCGGGAGGCGGUGGAGGGGACCUCCUGGAGCCGGGAUGGGCUGCGGCUGCGGGAAUCCCCCCGCACUGUUCUGAAGAGCUUCGGCAGGACGCACCUCCUGGUGCUGGUGCACGUCACCCGCCAGGAUGCAGGCAUCAUCUCCUUCGCUAUUGGCGAGUCCCAGACGUCCUCCCAGCUUCGGGUCAAGU